UCACGGGGUCGCGAGGGGUACGCAUUACUCUUGUCGAUUGGCCGUACCCGGGGGCUCGGAACGUCCGUCGUGACGCGCGAAAAAGCACACGCGUCGCGUGAGUGACCGGUCGCAUCUGACAGCUCGCACACGGCGGUCAGCGAUUUUUCUCACUUGACACGCGCGUCACAAUGGUGUUGUGUGUAACGGUGAGAGAUGACGGCGACUUGUGAAUUACGAUAAUCGGCCGACGAUCGGGACGGAGGAGAGUGACAGUGCGGGGUAGGCAGAAGAGAGGAAGGACACACCGGUGAAGGAGAGAGAAAGAGAUUGAGCACUGCGACACGAUAACGGAUUCUGCGACGUACGCUGCUGUCAUUAAACGUUGACGAGGCAGAAAUGGCACGGCGGGAAUCUCGGUGAGGAAAGGGCGAGGGUGAAGCCCUCGCAGGAAACGGGAGCUAUGGUGAAAAGCUUGGAUUUCCUCGCCAGAAGGGCGCCACCUGCCGUCCACCUUUUCAUCGUUUUGCUCGCGCUCGCCCCCGCUUACCAUGGCGUGGACCUCUCCCAGUGCAUCGCGCCGCUCGGCAUGGAGUCCGGGGCGAUCCCGGACGCGGAUAUCAACGCCAGUUCCAGCUUCGACACCGGAAACGUCGGUCCCCACCUGGCACGAUUGAAAUCGGAGACCCUUGGUGGCGCCUGGUGUCCUAAGGACCAAAUCACCAACGAAGCUCGAGAAUGGCUGGAGAUCGACCUUCAUUCGAUCCACUUGAUCACGGCCACCGCUACCCAAGGCCGUUUCGGGAACGGCGUGGGUGUUGAAUUCGCAGAGGCAUAUCUGCUAGAAUACUGGAGGCCGCGACUGGGUAAAUGGGUUCGAUAUAGAGACAUCAAAGGAGAGGAGGUAAUAAAGGGUAACACGAACACGUAUUUGGAGUCCAAGCACGAGCUGCAGCCGCCUCUGUGGGCGAGCAAGAUCCGUUUUCUGCCCUACAGCUAUCACAGGCGGACGGUUUGCAUGCGGGUCGAGCUCUACGGGUGUUACUGGAGCGACGGCGUGGUGUCCUACUCGAUGCCCCAGGGCGAUAAAAGGGGCAACGGAUGGGAAUUCUUCGACGCGACCUACGACGGACACUGGGACGGCGAGUUGCGCCGUGGUCUGGGUCAACUGACGGAUGGCAGAACAGGACCUGAUAAUUUCAAAUUGUACUACGAUAACGAUCGCGCCCAGGGCUGGGUAGGCUGGAGAAACGAUAGCCGCAACCAGCCGGUCGAGAUCAAGUUUGAGUUCGACAAAGUCAGAGAAUUUUCCGCCGUCCAUAUCUAUUGCAAUAACGAAUUCACCAGAGGUGUCCAGGUGUUUUCUCAAGUCGACAUACUCUUUAGCAUUGGCGGAAAAUAUUACACGGGAGAACCUAUUACCUAUACUUACAUGGAGGACAAGAUCUUUGAGACUUCCCGAAAUAUCACAAUCAAACUUCAUCAUCGGGUUGGAAAAUUCGUUAAGCUGAGACUCCAUUUCUCGGAUCGAUGGAUCAUGGUCAGCGAAGUAACCUUCGAUUCUGACAUAGCACACGGGAACUUUACGCCCGAGGAAGCACCGACAACCGAAUCACCGAUUCAGAGCGACGUCUUCGUGGAGAAGAACGGCGCUGCCGAGGGCGAGCUUCCGGUUUCGACGGCGAAACACGACGACCCCACGUAUAUGGCGGUCGUGAUCGGCGUGCUGACCGCCGUGAUACUUUCACUCGCCGUGGCGAUAUUUCUGAUUGUCUCGCGACACAGGCAACGCAAGUGUUUCGCCAGUCCGAUGACCGGUAAAGCCCCUUCGCAUCUAGGCUCUACCUGCGCCACCGUCGAGAAAGGCGCGGCUUUGAUGGCGUAUACUCUGGAGGACGACGAAAGAUACGCGGGCGGUUCGCUACCGACUUUGCCGCGCGAUCUCGGCAAUCGUCUCCUGGAUAUCGUGAAGCUGGACGACUACCAAGAGCCGUACCAGGCGCUAAAGUACGCACCGUACUACAGCUACAGCACCGUCGUUAUGGAGAUGAAAGACAUGAUGCUGAACAACAAAGGCACCAACAUCAAUCACUCAGCGGUGUACGCGAACGGUGCAGUUGACACGUCGUACGAUUAUGCGGUACCGGAACUCGGCACGGUGCCUCUCCUCAAUCAGGACGCCGGCGCCGGCCGCGGGGCUACCGUCUCCAGCGCCACCGGCGAUCAGGACAGCCUCUUCUCCAAGAGCUCGCGGGCCACCAAGACCGAGGACAAGAAGUCGCCGACUCAACAGGAGGUACUCUCGGCCCUGAAGAGACGCCCACGGCAUCGCCUUCGCAUGCUCUCCAAGCUUGCCGAAGGGGCCUUCGGAACGGUAUACGUGGCGGAAGCUGAAGGGAUUCCGGAAUACGGAACGACGACUACCCUCGGCAAGCGACUCGUCGCCGUCAAGUUUUUACUGCCGGAAGCCAGCGAGAAGGAAAAAUUGGACUUCCAAAGAGAUGUGAGGAUUCUAGCUGCUCUGGAAGAUCGCAAUAUCGCUCGGGUUCUGGGCGCCUGUUACCGCGAGGAGCCCUACUGCGUGGUGAUGGAAUAUCUGGAACACGGGGAUCUCUGUCAGUUUCUCAAGACACACAUCACUGCCGAAGACGCACAUUCCAUGCCGAUUGGCGUCAAGACACUUAGUUUCAACUGUCUCAUCUACAUGGCGGCGCAGAUCGCGUCGGGCAUGCGGUAUCUGGAGAACCUGAACUUCGUUCAUCGGGAUCUGGCUACUAGAAAUUGUUUGGUCGGUAAGGCUUAUCAUAUCAAAAUCUCGGACUUCGGCACGGACAAUGAACUGUACGCUUGCGAUUACUACAAAGUCGAUGGAACUAUGCCGUUGCCGGUACGAUGGAUGGCUUGGGAGUCAAUAUUUCUGGGAAAAUACACGACCAAGAGCGAUGUGUGGGCUUUCGCAGUUACUCUCUGGGAGAUUUUGAACCUCGGCAGACGCGUCCCUUACGAGCACCUGUCCGACGAAGAAGUGGUGCAGAGCCUGCGGCAACUGCAUCACGCCGCCGAUUGCAACAACGUUAAUCCCGAAGAUGACUGCAAGGAGGAUUCUGGAAAUGUCUUUGAUUAUCUACCGCGACCAACUGCCUCCUCCAAGGACAUCUACGAUCUGAUGCUCGAAUGCUGGCGACGAGAGGAGAACGAGAGACCGACUUUCCGUGAAAUAUCGCUCUUUCUGCAGCGUAAAAAUCUUGGAUACGCUCCAACAUCCUGAUAUUGAGCCCCGAACUUGAGCAAGCGCGACGUUUUUAAUAAUCAUCCCGCGAAUCGGAACAAGUUCGGUUCUGAAACGGGUCGACGAGCGUGCAGGCAAUGUCCUCAUUCGAAGAAUUGCAAGGAGCGAACGACGAGUGAGUGAGAACGACUGGCGAAAAAAAAAAAAAAGAAAGAUGAUAGCGUGAAAAGAAGACAAAUAUAUAUCACGACAUCGAAAAGAUAAGUACAACGAUGGAAUUUUAUUGCCUGUCAACGAAACGGGACUGGGAUUUGAAGUUUUAUGACAGAAAUCGAUCGUCCUUCAAUUUUAUUUCGAUUUACAUUUUUUUUUUUUCGCGGAGUAAUAAUGCGUGUAAUAACGGACAGAAAAUAAAGUUAGAAUAGAUAGAAGAGGAGUAAACGCGAGAGUCGAUGAUUCACUAUACCGGAACUCAUCAUAAACGAAUCAUUCGAGCUAUCGCGUGCCUCCGCAAAUACGAGACUGAUGCUCCGUGAAAAAAUUAUUAUUAACGAAAGUGCAUAUCUUAUCGAUCUAGAGCCCGACGUCGCGAGAAUGUGACAUCGGAUCUCGACGCGAGUACUCGCGACAGUAUUGUGCAACGAUCUAUAUAGCGAAAUAAGCGUAGAAUUCUUUCUCGAAUGUAAAGAAAGGCAAAGACGGAUACGAAUCUGUGAAUACGACAAUCGGACGAGAGCAGAAUAAAAACUAACUCAUCGUAGAUAGCCGCUCUGUGGAGAAUCUCCGAUGCUAUCGAGAGAGACGGAUGUUUGCGAGAUCGUUGAAGAAAAUCGUCUCGCAAUCGUCGAGAACUUAGGAGCAAUACCAUAUAACUGUAAUACAGCUGUGAACAUUCCUGCACGGGUGGGUACCUACACUAGGCGCGACAAUUACGCGAAUAGGAAGGGGAUCGUUACUUAAGAAGAAUAAUAUUAGGAUUCCUUCGGGAUUAUAUCAUUUCGAUUAAGGGUUUAAUGCAAAAAUGUGAAUCACAUCGACGUACGGCAAUAUAGCAGCUACGAUAUUAGACGCUAGAACAACUGUUCGAGUUAAUCGUAAAGCAUUAUAACUGACAAUGAGUGUGUUUUAUGAACGUGUGGGUGCCUAUUUUCUCCUUUUCUCUCUCCCUCUCUUUUACUCUCCUUGAAAACGUAUAUUAUAUCGCCCAAAUAUUUUGAACCUACUUGUGAGAUGAAUCUACAUGUGAUUUACAUCGCGAAAUUCUUUAUCGUCACGAAACAUAUCGCGAAACGACGAGUGAUUAUCGUGUAGUAAUAACGUUAUCUCUCUCUCUCUCUCUUUUUCUGUCUCUCUUCGAUGAUGAAGAAAUUAAUCGUCUUUUUCUAAUGCUAUUUUUUGUUUGUGAACAGAUCCGUGUGAAAUGUAGCAUAUGAGAAUACUUAAAUAACUUCAAAGACAGCCAGAAAUGACUGUAAAGAUUUCUCGAUAAUACAUGUUUAUUCGAACGAUAUCACUAAUUGCAAUCGCAGUUAACUACUUGUAUGUGAGUGGGAUUCGUUAAUAUUAGAACACUAGACGAAUUAUCGUAAGUUGUAAACGCAAGUAGACGAAGAGUAAUUUUACCUAUUCUGCAUUAAAAGACGGUUAUAGACUACGUAUCAUGUGACUACGACACAUCAUAAUUGUAACUUUAUAUGAUAGGCGGGAUCAAUGAAAUUAGGAUAUUGUACAGAUAGGCGUACCGUAGUAAGGAACGUUAUCAUUGCAUUUUUCGGGAAUGAUGAAUGAAAUUAAACGGACAGAAAAAUCGAGCUGUCCUUCUCUGAAAGCGUUAUACAUUCGCUUGCAAUUUAACAUUAAUGUGAAAACGUACGGGAAUUGUUUAACUUCCGACAAAAUGUUCGUAAUGAGGUAAUAAGUUAACGAGUUCAACCUAUCGGAAUGUUUUUUUUCUUAAAAAUAAAAAAAAAAAUAAAAGAAAGCACGAAGAGAAGAUAGAAAGUAGCCAUAAUCAGCGUUUUAAACUUGAAAAUUAACAAUGAACUCGCCGUAUCAUUAUCUCCAUCGUACAUACUCGACUCCGAUAAUUUCUCUUAAUCGACUUUUAAGUUCCGCGUAUUUAUAUACCAGAUGGAUACUAUUAUAACUUAUAUGCGACAUUUAGCGAAUAGGCGCGAUGUUACCGUUAUAUCAUUAAAAAAUACUAUUUAUAUAAAUUAAAAUGUACUGCCGCAUAAGGAGUAGAUGAUACGGAGGCAUAGCCAUAUGUAGUUAAAAUACGCGUUGAAUUUAAACGUAACUGGAAUUGCUUCUAUAUCACCGAGAUCAAGAUGUCUUAAGGGGAAAAAAAAAAAAAAAAAAAAAAAAAAAAAUUACGGUCAAUGCAAAAUUCAAUUCAUAUGGAUUACGAGGUAAUAGAGAUAGGCAAUUUUUGAUCUUGUCAGAGGUAAAUAGUAAUAGCUCAUCGAUUAUGCAUUAAGUGUAAACAUUCUAAGUGCGUAAUUUAAAUUUUGUAUAAAAGCGCCGGUCAACAGAUAUAUAAUUUCGUGUCAUCGCGAAAUUUUGGCCAAUCCAUUUUUCGCACCGCGCGAUUGUGACUGAGUUGAAACAAUAAUACCUAUUGUCGAUACAAUUUUAGUCCGAAUCAGACUGCCAUUACUUUUAGAAUGAUAAUAGAAAGAAUGAAUUGUAGUUGCGUUUAGAUUCGCCAAUACAAGCAUAACGCUGCCUUUGGCUAUAUUGUUGCCCCUUACUGCUAACGAGUAACUUACUUGUCUACUCAUGUGAUAAUUUAGUAUAUUCCUACGUACCUAUCUCUCUGUACCUACCAAUUCGAAAAUCUUGCUAGCGAAAGGAUUAUUCGAAUAUAUCUUAUUUUUAUUAUAAAUCAUAAUUCAGAUAAAAGAUCAGAUAAUAUUUGUUUAAUUUUCUUUAAGAAAAGAUUGAAAUGCAAAAUAAUUAUAAAAAAGACAUAAAGACUUUUUACGUUAACAUCUAGCAGUUUCAUAUUUAUACCAUAAAUCUACCUUACACAGUUGCUCCAUAAUUUACUGCAAAUCAAACGUUGGGGAAAGAAGUGAGCAAUAUGAAAUAAAAUGCAAACAAAACAUACUUAAUCCUUUCUCUAUGUAAAGAUUUGCUAUUAUGAUAUAGAUAACUUAUUUCUACCUAGCGUGCCCUUUUUCCAAUGAUAAUUAAUUAUAUCCUUUAAACAAAUCGAGCUCUAUCAAUGGCAUCACUGAGGUAACCAUACAAUAUCAGAAACGAGUAAUAAUCGGAUAUUUUGUUCGAGCAUUGUAAAGUAUAUACGAACACGCUAGAUUGAUAGAAAAUUUCAUUUCUCUUAAAGGCCUUACGUGUUAAUAAGCUCAAUUUUAAUUGCAGCGAUAUCUCUAAAUCCUUAUCACGACACCGCUAAUUCCUUCGAUAUAUAUUUUUAAACGCGUAUGAUCGACAAUCACGCUUGCGCCUCGGAAUUUUAGAAAAUAUUUUUAGCACUAAUCGCGACUUUCUUGAAACUAUAAUCGACAGAAUUGGCAUUUCAUAAUUAUUUUCAUAAUUAUUAUAAACAUGAUCUCUUUAUAAAACAACCUGAUUUUCAUCAGUCAAACAUAAUUUUAAUAUAAUUAUAUAAUUCUAUUAGCGCAAAGAGAAAAAAGACGAAAAAGAUAUUGUGCUUUUUAUAUAUAUAACAUAGCCUAAUAAUAUGCCAAUUCAUGAAAGAGAGAUAGUUUGCACGAUCCGAUAAUCAUGUUUUCAGGACAAAAAUGAACAUUGUAAUUCCAUUAAUAAUGAUAUAUUAAUAUCGUGCAGUAUCACGAUUAAUAUCAUGUAUUCGUAUAUCGUAUACGACCGUCAUGUUUAAUUUGAAAAUUAUUUCAUAGUUUCACAAUGACUACAUCGUACAAAGUAAUAUCACUACGGCUAAAGAUCGUGGCAAUGAAAUUAAUAUACAAUCGUUGUAUGAAUAUUUUGUUCACGCGAACACACAUGAGAAAUAUGAUUUCGAUAUACCUGAUUGUUGACCUCUAUGUUGGAAUAUCGAGGAGUCUACAGGUAAUCGUGGGAAAACUGGGAAGAGCUCAUCUAGUUAUAUCUUCUAUCUAGGUAUGGGCAACGCACGGCCAUAUCACUCGACUCGGCCAUAUUUUACAUUAUAUUUUUUUGUAUGAACAAACAUUUCCUUCUUAAAAAUUACCCGAUAAACGAAAGUGUAUGUAGAGAUUGAAUUAAAAUCGACAAAAUUAUUCGAUCUUUAAUAAGAAAUGAGAACUACAACGAAACUGACCACCGGCCACGAUGAGUUGCCCAUGCCUGUUGUACGCUAUCGAACCUUGAUCGUUAUAGUCAUAAAAUUAUUUUGUACUAAGAACUGUUUAUAAUUUUGUAUCUAAUCUCUGUAAAUAUCAAGCAGAUUGUCUAUGAGUAAUAAAGCUUGAACAAACUCGAUUUAAGUAGACUAUAUAUAAACGGGGAAAAAAUAUAUAUAUAAAUACAAGUAUUUAUAAUAUAUCUAUAUAUUUUAAUUAGUCGUAUAAGGCAGCAAUCGCGAAGAGAUGUAAGUAAAUUUUGCGUGUAAGCGCGGAUCGGUAACGUAACAAUGUACAACGAUCUAGGAAUUAUUUGUAUAAUAUAAAGAUAAUUAAGGGACAAAUCAUAAAAGUAUACAUGUUACUCAGUAGUCGUGUGUGUAUGUGUGUGUAUAUAUACAUACAUCAUAUAUACAUAUAUGUAUAUGUAUAUAUGUAUAUAUAUACACUGUACAUUUAGAAAUUAACUAGUCAUGUAUGGCACUUUAUAACGAUUAAAGUGUAUCCCUGACACGGAA